AUGCACACAGAAGAAACUCAAGUUGCUGAAUCCAACAAUGAGAUGGAUUCUGUGGCUGUCGAUGCAAAGCAAGAAGAAAAUGUUGCAGUGACAAGCAUGGGACAACCCAGUGAGGUUUCCCCACCGAUAAAUUUUACCGGCAGCGGCGGCAGUGCACCGGUUCCGGCAGCAAUGAGGGUGGAAAUGAAUCAUAUGCUGACGCAAGCUUUGGAACACGGAUCAAAUCGGAAUUCCGUUCGAGUAACUCUGGUCGUCGUGAAUAGCUGUGAGGAUAUUUUAGAGAAAUUAAUACCAUAUGCUGCAAAGAAAGAGAUCUUCAUCUUGGGAGCAACUGGAGUGGUGUCAUACGUUGAACUUCUCAAUCCACAAGAAGCUCUAGUUGCAAACACUGUUUUACAAGGGCAUUUCGAGAUUGCUUCAAUUGAAGGUAACAUUGUACUGCCAGAAAAACUAAAUAAGAACAAGAAGAGUCUGGUCACUGUUUUAGUGGCUGGAAAUGAUGGUCGAAUUCGAGGAGGACCUGUCCGAAGCUUAAUCGCUAAAUCCUCUGUUCAGGUGGUUGUGAGUACGACGAAUAAGAACACUAUAUAUAACAUGGCAUGUAAAGAAUACUCAACAGGAGAUGAGCUUCCAAUAGAGGACCAAGCAAAACGUAUGACAGAAGUAGUGGAUAAGAUCUAUAAGGCUACUUUGAAAGAGCUCAAUGAAACAAACGUAUGA